CGAAUCGUCGGUUUCGAAUCCGCAGCCACGACGAAGAUUAAGCAGCACCCUUCGCUCUCUCUUCCUCCUCCGGAUCUCUUUGUUCUUCAUCCUUGAGGACCCGCGAAAAUGGUGGACAGCGAGACGGCCAGGACGAUCGUCGGCAUUAUCGGAAAUGUCAUCUCCUUCGGUUUGUUCCUGUCUCCCAUCCCGACAUUCAUCACCAUAUUCAAGAAAAAAUCGGCGGCGGGAUUCAAGCCGGAUCCGUACGUAGCGACAGUACUCAACUGCGCGAUGUGGGUGUUCUAUGGCAUGCCCUUUGUCCAUCCGGACAGCCUUCUUGUCAUCACGAUCAACGGCUUCGGUCUUGGUCUCGAGCUCUUCUACGUUGGGAUCUUUUUCAUUUACUCUCCGUGGAACAAACGUCGGAACAUCUUACUUGCGCUACUUGUGGAACUGAUCUUCAUGGUUGUAGUAAUUGUGAUCACCCUGUUGACUCUCCAUACAACAGGCAAGAGGUCUGCACUUGUGGGAAUACUGUGUAUCGUCUUCAACAUAGCGAUGUACACUUCGCCAUUGACAAUCAUGAAAAAAGUCAUCCAGACGAAGAGCGUCAAGUACAUGCCCUUCUAUCUGUCACUUGCCAACUUCUUGAACGGCAUCGUCUGGGCCAUCUAUGCACUCCUCAAGUUCGAUCCCUACAUCCUGAUACCGAAUGGUUUGGGAUCCUUGUCUGGUCUGGUGCAGCUGAUUCUCUAUGCCACAUACUACAAAACCACCAAGUGGGACGAGGAGGAUGACAAACCGGCUGAAGUCGAACUAUCCGAUACACGUGCCUAAGGCUGAGACACUCGAUGGAAGCAGCGGCCUCCUCUGCAUUUCGAGAUUCAACUCUUUUACUGUACCCGAGUCCUUAAUUUCCACAAGAACAGUGUUUGACCUUAAUUGUUGUUGUAAAACACCUACUGAAUGUAUUUCCAACCAAACGGCAAAGAGCAUAUUGAAAACAGAGGAAUUCCGCGUACGUUGGCAAAUUUGUCUAGAACAUACGCUGCACUCCCAUCAGCUAGA